GGCCGUUCGGGGUGCACGACUGACCCAUUCCGGCCGCAUCCGCCGCCGUGCCCCGUCGCCGAGCAUGGCGCGGUGGUCGUCCCCCAAGGACCCCGCCCUGGAGGCCGCGCUCCGGCGCAACCGCCGCUGGGUCGUGAACAACCAGAUCAAGCGCCUCCUCCUCCGCUUCCCGUCCCGCACGGCGCCCGUGCGCUUCCUCCAGUCCCGCUUCAAAACGCUCGACCUCAUGGGCCGCGCCGCCAACUGGCUCGGCAAGUAUCCCUCCUGCUUCGAGGUCUUCUCCGCCGACGCCGAGGGGGGCAGCGGCGAGCAGGAGCCUUACUUCGGCUUCACCAAGCGGAUGGCGGCGCUCGUCGACGCCGAGGCGGCGGCGGUCGCGGCCUCCGAGCCGGCCAUGGCGGACCGCCUCGCGCGGGUGCUCAUGCUCGCCCGUGGCCACCGCCUCCAGGUCUCUAAGCUGGCCGCGCUGCGGGGCCCGCUCGGCCUCCCGGACGACUAUCUCCUCCGCCUCCUCCCCGCCCACACCGGCCUUUUCCGCCUCGCCAACCCGUACCCUCACCGCCGGAACGCAGCCGAGCUGGAGCUUAUCCGGUGGGCGCCCUCGCUCGCGGUCUCCGCCGUUGAGGCCGCCGCGGCCGCGAACGACUCCGCCCCGCGGUUCGCCUGCUCGCUGCCCGCCUCCUGGGCCAAGUCGCACGCCAUGAUGGAGGAGUUUAACUCCACGCCUUACAUCUCGCCCUACUCGGAGGAAUGGGCGGUGCCGGGCACGGACGCCGAGGCCGAGAAGCGAGCGGUGGCCGUGGUGCACGAGCUCCUCUCACUCACGCUUUGGAGAAAGAUGUCAAUUCUGAAGCUGGAGCAUUUCAAGAGGGAGUUUGGGCUGCCGGAGGACACGGCGAGGAUGCUGCUCUGGCACCCUUGCCUCUUCUAUGUGUCGAAUAGAUACAAGAUUCACAUGGUGGUGCUGCGUGAGGGGUACGAGGGGUCGGAGCUGAAGGAGAAGGAUCCUGUGGUGGUGGCCAAGGAUCGGCUUGGGGAGCUUAUGCAGGAGGGGCUGCAUGAGUACAAUCAACGAAGGCGCGCAGAGAAUGUGGAGAAGAAGAGGAGGAGAGGGGAGAUCGAGGUUAAGAAAGAGAAAGAAAAGGUGGAAGAUGAGGAAGCGGCGCGGCUAGAAAGUGCAGAGAAGAGGGAGGAAAGGAGACGGUUUUACAAAGUGUUGUUCGAUGAUGGCAAUCGGUGAUUGUCAUAAGUUUUUCUCUGUUGAUCUUCAGAGGAAGGAAUGGAAUUUGUUAACUGCUAAGCGGAAUGUGUGACUGAAGAUCUGCAAAAUGGUAUAAUAUUGAUCUGUCACAGGGAGUAAGAGGUUGCAAAACAUAUUGCUGAGAGAAUGUAUUCAUGGAUUAACAAUUGUUAUGAUGAGAUUGGGAUUUCUUAGGGGCUCGCAAGUGAGAUAAUGGUGCAGCCUGGAGUGUUCAGGGUCAGAGAGAAUGGUAUUCAUUAGCUGCAAAUGUUGCUGUUGACGAAUUACUGAAUGAAUGCAAAUGAACAAUGCAAUUCUGGCUGAUCUUUCAGCAGAACAAUAAUUUUACCUUAUGAGCUGUUCAUUCUUGCAUAGCAAAUAUUUGAACGUAAGACCUUGAACUUCAGAAAGCGAUCAGGAGGAAUACCUUUGGUCAUAUUGAAGCCACGCUUCUCGAGCUCUCUGUACUCCUGGCACAGUGCGCAGGUGUCGCACCAGAAGUGGACGCAGCAGUCCAAACACGGUGAUUCUUGUAAGUUGUAUUGUGCCCGCAUUGAGGAGCGUUUGCUACAAGUAUACAGCCACUGGCAACCUAUGGACAGUAGCAGAACAUACAGGGUCCCAUUUAUGCAGCACGCUACAAAUAAGUAGGAGAGUCAGCCAUAGAGAUUGAUGGUUUGUAGUGCACAAAGAGAAGAGGAUGCGUAGAAUACCUACAUGUGGAGCCCCUGUCCACAACCUCAGCGACACGGCCAAAUGUAACACAGGGGCACCAGCAAGUCAAGCAACCUGCAACAUCGGGGAAGAAAUGAAAAUAUGGAUUGUUCUGAAUCACAUGUGCAAGAAGUGUGAGAAGAACUGAGAAGGUAAGCCCCAUACAGGUGCCGACAUCUCCGAAGCAGCUGCAGAGCCCAACAGACCACUCCCCUGGCAUGUUGUUGAUAGGCUGAGUAAACUGUGGUUUGUGCAAGACGGUAAAACGAGGCUUCUGGCUGUGUGUUUUGAGGCAAUGCUACUGAUCCUCUAUGGAUUAUAUAGCACUAACAACGCGUAUCCAUAUGACACCACACUACAAAGUUAAUUCCUUUGACGGCCUUUCUCGGAGCAAGAGUCUUUGUUCUUUUCUUUGCUGAUGCACUGAAAUGUUGUAUGCUAUUUUGUGUUUUUGCAGGUUUUGCCUUGAAUUGGUCAUCCCGAUAAUCCCACGUCCAAUUGGCAUGUUCUGCUUUGGACUAUUCCUCCUGAAAUCCCUAUGCCGAUCAUUUGUUGAGGACUCGGCAUCAAUUUGGAGUUUUCAGUUUGGCGGUAACUUCCAUUCCUCCUCGUUAAUGUUGCCACCAGACUGGCCUUAUGGAGUGGGGAAAAGAUGGCAACGCUGCACCUUGUGGCUUCCUGGAGAGUCUGCUAGCUGUAGAUUUUCAGGCUUCUCGCUCAUAAAGUAUAUUCAAGGCCAGUUGAUGCUAACUGACCAGUUUGCUCCGUUUCCUAGUUGCAGAAAUGACGCAGUUAGUGAGCGACAAGAGGCGGUCAUGCCUUAUGAUUGAAGCAAUGCAGCUGGUUUUGUUUGAGUUGAAAGAAGUACAAGGUAGUGUACGUGUAUUCCUUCACUUCGGGCUCGAUUGCUCCACCACGGAUAAAAGAAUCAGCCUUUUUUUUUAGUUUUACUGAGCUGCCUAGUUGCUGAAUUGGACGGGUCAUGAUCCAAUCCAACGGCGCCAGCGACACCGUGCCAAGCGCUCCUGAUUGAAGCGACGGAAAUGGCAGAGCCGUUCAUAAAUCGCUCUCUCUGCAGCUUGAUAAAAUCGGUCACUUUCUGCUGCAGCCCUCGAAUUUCUGCCACCUCCAAGUUCCAUCCCGUGUUAUUUUUUUUUGAAUGAACAACACUCGAUGACGAUGAGUACAUUUCUAUUGAUAUAGCAGAAAACAUCCACACUUCAUUA